CACAACAUGGCGGACUAGAAUAGUCGACCGACGCGCCCGGAUACAGCGGAUAAACUGUGGGGGUUUUACCAUCCAAGGAGGCAAACAAAGGAACCUCCGACCGGACAGCAGAUCCUGGAGAACUGGUGUGCUUUUCAGGGGGAGCCAUCUUUAUCUGGAUUUAGCAGGAAAAACUGACUGCGAAGUGUUGGCAGUGUGUCCCAGGUUGCGCUUUCCCCCCAACCCCGCUCACACUCCUCUCUGUUCCCGGGGUGUGGAGACAGGGGCCGGGUUGGAAAAACGUGGAAAGAGAAGGAGCGGAUAAAACCCCCCCGUCCCUUCUCUCCCCUCUUUUGGCCAUCUUUUCUCCAGGUACGGGUUCCCAUCUGUGCGCCGCAGGACUCGUGGACCAAGUUGGGCGAAUGAGUGACUGAUGCCAACUUCGCUUCUUCAGGGCAGAAUGGGUGUGUGUCCCCUGCUCCUGCUUCUUGCUGUAGCCCUCGGGGCCGCAGCCCAGGAUCCACAAAGCAUCACAGCUGCUCCUGCCUCACCAGCUCCCACAACUAAACAAUCCAACUCGUAUGGAACAACCAUCCAAGGACCCACUACAGCCAAUCAAUCAGCAACAAAUUCACCAGUAAAAGAAGGGAGCAGUGCAACAAAAACACCUGAAAACAAUAAUUCCUCCAAAGACACACCGACAGCAGUUCCUACUAAUUCUUCAACAGCUACUGAGUUGAAUGAGGCCUCGACUGGGUCUAUUGCCAACUCAACAUCGACAGUAAAUUCAACCACCACAAGCAUCACAAGCACCACUACUACCACAACCACCACAACCAAAAUCGAAGACAAUAACGAUAAUGGAGUAGCAGUAAUCGCUGUGAUGGUGGCCCUGUCAUCGCUGCUGGUCAUCAUCUUCAUCAUCAUUAUCCUCUACAUGCUCAGAUUUAAGAAGUACAAGCAAGCAGGAAGCCAUUCAAAUGCCUUCAGAUUGACCAAUGGCAGAUCAGAUGAUACAGAACUCCAGAGCGUGCCGCUAUUGGCUCGGUCUCCCAGCACAAACAGGAAGUACCCACCCAUUCCCAUAGACAAACUCGAGGAAGAAAUGAACCGUCGCAUGGCUGAUGACAACAAGCUCUUCAGGGAGGAGUUUAAUGCGCUGCCAGUCUGUCCCAUUCAGGCAUCAUGUGACGCUGCUUCCAAAGAGGAGAAUAAAGAAAAGAACCGAUACAUCAACAUCCUGCCUUAUGAUCACUCCAGGGUUCAUCUCUCCUCUCUGGAAGGAGUCCCCGACUCUGAUUUUAUCAACGCUUCUUUUAUAAAUGGGUACCAGGAGAAGAAUAAGUUUAUUGCAGCUCAAGGGCCAAAGGAGGAAACGGUAAAUGACUUUUGGAGGAUGAUUUGGGAGCAGAAUACAGCCACCAUUGUGAUGGUUACCAAUCUAAAGGAGAGAAAAGAGUGUAAGUGUGCGCAGUACUGGCCGGACCAGGGCUGCUGGACUUACGGGAACAUCCGCGUGUCUGUUGACGACGCAGUGGUUCUGGUGGACUACACCGUCCGCAAGUUCUGCAUCCAACAGGUGGGCGACGUGUCUGGGAAGAAACCUCAGAGACUCGUCACUCAGUUCCACUUCACCAGCUGGCCGGAUUUCGGGGUUCCCUUCACUCCGAUUGGCAUGCUGAAGUUCCUCAAGAAAGUCAAGAACUGCAAUCCUCCUUAUGCAGGCCCCAUUGUUGUUCACUGCAGUGCUGGUGUAGGAAGGACAGGUACCUUUAUAGUGAUUGAUGCCAUGUUGGACAUGAUGAAUGCAGAGAGGAAGGUGGACGUGUUUGGCUUUGUCACCCGGAUAAGAGCCCAGCGCAGUCAGAUGGUCCAGACUGAUAUGCAGUAUGUUUUCAUCUUCCAAGCGUUGUUAGAGCACUACCUGUUUGGAGACACGGAACUAGAGGUGACCUCGCUGGAGUGCCACUUAGCUAAACUCGGUGCUAACUCCCCCGGAGCCGGCUGCAGCGGCCUGGAGGCUGAAUUUAAGAAACUAACAUCCAUCAAGAUUCAGAAUGACAAGAUGAGAACGGGGAACCUGCCUGAUAACAUGAAGAAGAACAGAGUGCUGCAGAUCAUUCCUUAUGAGUUUAACAGAGUAAUCAUUCCAGUCAAACGAGGAGAGGAGAACACAGACUACGUCAACGCCUCCUUCAUUGAUGGUUACCGUCAGAAAGACGCCUACAUAGCGAGUCAGGGGCCCCUCAUGCACACCAUAGAAGACUUCUGGAGGAUGAUCUGGGAGUGGAGGAGCUGCUCUAUUGUGAUGCUCACUGAGCUGGAAGAGAGAGGACAGGAUAAGUGUGCUCAGUAUUGGCCCAGUGACGGGGUGGUGUCCCACGGCGACAUCAUCGUCGAGCUUAAAAGGGAGGAGGAGAACGAGAGCUACACGGUGCGCGACCUCCUGGUCACCAACAGCAGGGAGAACAAGGCUCGACUUGUGCGCCAGUUUCAUUUCCACGGCUGGCCAGAGGUGGGCAUCCCUGCAGACGGUAAAGGCAUGAUCAACAUAAUUGCGGCGGUGCAGAAACAGCAGCAGCAGUCUGGCAACCAUCCCAUCACUGUGCACUGCAGUGCCGGUGCGGGCCGGACAGGGACUUUCUGUGCUCUUAGUACAGUUCUGGAGAGGGUGAAAGCAGAGGGGAUCCUGGAUGUCUUCCAGACCGUGAAGAGCCUCAGACUGCAGAGACCGCACAUGGUGCAGACACUGGAGCAGUACGAGUUCUGCUACAAAGUGGUCCAGGAAUACAUUGACGCAUUUUCUGACUACGCCAACUUCAAGUAGGGCCUUGCCAUGGACGGAUUAACGGAUGGAUAUCCACAUACACCUAUUACAAGUAUAAGCGUGUACCAGAACACACACAAAUGUCUUGCAGCAACUGCAUUCUCCCAAUCUCGUGGAUGAUGAAGACGGACUGAUUACGCAAUCAGCGGAUCGGAGUUACCACCCGCCGGAACAGGAAACCGACGUCUACGCCUGGAGGACAGGGCAGUGCAGAUGGACACAAAAUUACUGAGAUGCCUUCUUGAAUCUUUUGUAAGGAUGUUGAUAACAACCCAUCACCCUUUUCUUGCUUUACAUCGUUACCCCCCCCCCCCCCCCCCCCCCCCAACCAACAAACAUGUAUAUAUAUACUUACUGUGUUGCAUUUUAUCACUUUGUUUUCAGACACAGUUUUGAGUUUGGCUGCAUUUUUCAAGUGGCACCUGUAUUGUAUUUUAUUGGUAUAUACAGAUAUAUAAAAAUAUAAAUAUAUAUGAAUACAAACCAAAUGUUUUUGGUGGCUAAUGUGCAACAUCAAGCGUCAAGAUAAUGAUGUUUGGAUUUAUUUUUUUAUUUUUAUUUUUUAUUUUAAUUUUUUAGGGACAAAGACUUAAGAUUAUUUUUGACUUCGCCUGAGCCUCACUGUAGCAACAGGUAGCAGAAGUUUCAACAUCUCCCAGUAAAACCCUGACCUGUUUUCUGCUCCCACAUGUUGCUACACAAACACACAGGGUAAAAGCCAUUUCUCUGCACCUGCCUGCACCAUCUAAUUUGGCAAAUCGAGACCUAUUUCUUCUUCUUUCUUUUUCCUUUUUCAGGGGUAGGAAGCUGAUUCACUAUUGCAGAUCUGAGUUUCCUUGACGUAGCUCAUAAUCUCAGGUUUUUCACGCACCCAUUAAAUAUCGGGAGAAUUUGCGUGAGUUUGUGUGUUUUACGCUGACGUAUAAGCUGGCAGAACAGAUCCACUGUGUUUUCCCAUUACUGUCUGCUGUGUGCCAAAGUCCUUCACUCACUCAUGUAGCUCUGAAGUCUGAGAAACUACCGACCUCCUUUUGACUUUCAGAACAAAGUGGCGCGGUGGAGACGCAUCCAUCCACAAUCUAGUCUGGUUAUUGUAAAGCUUUGACCUGCCGAUACCGAUUUUAGCUGAGUCAGUUAUUCCUGUAAGAACUGUGACGUAAGAACAUCAUUGAAGACAUUUUUCUAGCCUUCCUGCAGUGAGCAGUCAAUAAUUAGUUGGAAAAGAAGAAGAGGCGAAGUCACACUCACGGGAGAGCAGUUACUGUAAAACAGGGUUUUACUAUUUCAAAACUAAGGCAAAACGAUUACAGAGUUUAGCAUCUUGUGUUGGCAAUUAGGAUUUUGUUACUAAAACGGCACUCAAAAUGUGUGUUGCUAAUAAUGUAGAUGCCCUACCUUAAGUCUGAUAUUUGAAAGCUCAGAAGAAUAAAAUUGAUUUUUCGUUUUCUCUUUAAGUUUUUCUCACUCUCUCGUAGCCUGAAUGAGCCGCAGACAUGUCCCAAAACUUCACAGGAAGUACAGUUUCCUACUUUUGUGUGUCUUCUGACUUCACUGGAGCUAAACAUAGCAAAGUUCAGUUCCCCUUCCUUUAUUUGCUAUGUCUACACCAAAGAGUGGUGUUGUUACAAAUUAGGUAUGAAGCGUUUAUCAAUCAAGAAAGGUCAGAUUUUUGAGUUUCCGAUCGCCCGGUCAACAGGUUCUCUAAUUAAUAAGUUGAACAAGUAAUAUGGUCUAUGGUCUAAAAUGCGUUUAGCAUCAGCACCUUGUUUGUGAAAUGAGCAAAGCCACAACUUUAUUGUGUUAUUGGAUUCAGUAAGUUUUAAAUAUUCAGCUUUGUUCUUUUUUCUUUUAUCUUCAGAAACAUUCAUACAACACUUAUCACUUCUUUAGAGGAUAAUUCCCACUCAUUUCUUACAAAAAGAGCUGCACCCUUCUCGUUUGCUCAGAUUUUGAGAUUCACUUUUUUUUUUUUGUUUGGUUUUAAAUAUUAUUUUACUUGAGCUGCAGUGACUUUACAACUGAGGUCACUGUUGAGGCUCUUCCCUUUGCGAUUGUAAUGCAAGACAAAUGAUGUCGAUUCAACCAUGAGGAUGUUCCUAAUUUCACUUGAGCUCGCUUUGGAAAUGGCCGACAUGAGCAUUGUUUGAAUUAACUGGUUGUACAAUUCAGAGUUUCUCUUCCUUUCUGACUGAACUGGAGGUACUGAGAUAAUAUUCCUCAAUGGGAGUCUCUUUUUUUUUUAAAAUUAUUUUAGAUCUGUUUCACACCAAACACAGCCAUUGUCAUGCACAAUCUACAAAACAUGAACCCCACUGAUGUUCGAUGACCUUUGUAAAAGGAAUUAGCACAAUCAUAUUAUCUUCCUGCAAUUAGAAAGUGCAUGCCUAAGUCUGAGAACGGGUGAAUGCGUCAUGUUGAUUGCCUGAGCACUCCCGCAAUAUUUGCACUAAAAUGUAAAGCCCUUAUUAAAUCGACGAAUCUAACAAGAGGUAGAGAGAGAGAAAAUGUGGUCUUGCCAUUCGAAGACGGAGGCCGUCUUUAAAUUUUUCCGAAGCUCCUUCAGGUCUCAGGGCUCCCCUCUUAAGAGCCAUAUGUGGAUCCAAAAGUAGCAGAUAGUUUGACCGUUCACUGAAACUGUGCAUCCUCGUAUUUUCUGUUUUUAAAGGUGUAAAAUGUGCACUCGUCUCUUAAGUGCCGUGCUCCUCCUUCAUUUGUGCUGCCGUUUACUGGGGCUGUUAUUUGAUAGAAAAGUGGAUGUUUUUUGGUUGUUGUUUUUUUUUUUUAAUCUGUGUUUAAGUUACACGGGUUUGUCGCAUAGUUUGGAAUUGCUUGGAAGCCAAUCAUGACACUGUGCCAACCCACAUAUGAUCUAACGUUAAAAACCGAAUUAAAAAGUGCCUCAAUGGUAGGUUUAUAAAGAAGGUAGUUGAAUCUCCAGGCUUUACCCUCACAAGUGGAAGCAAUGACUUUUAUUUUUCCUCCACAUGCACCUCCCGAGCCACCGCCUGUCCAACCGAUGGGGGAUCCUCUGUGAGGCAUAUCGACGGGGAGCCACAAUCCAAGACUGUGUCGAUCAUUCUUUUCUUCACAUUCCCUUCGGUUGCAUCCCUUUGUAUGAAUAGAUGAGACUAACCCUUAGAUGCUUUUGUGAUUGAUUUAAUUUGAAUUGUUCUGGCUUCAUUUCCAUAUCUGCUGAAUAUGGGUCCAUGACAGCUAAUCAGUUGUGGGUUUCUAUGAGUAAAUAUGUAUAGUUUUUUUGUUUUCCCUUGUAAGAAAUAUAGUUGCUUCUUUUAUCAUAAUGAAAUGGCUUUGAUAUGUCCAACGUGGGCAUUUUGGGCGCCUCGACAGAAUCAAAGAGAAGCAGCUGAGAGCAUAUAAUCCAUCUUCUCAUCACCCUCGUGUCUUUUAUCUAACUAUUCCCCUCUGAUCCACUUAUUCCUCCAACUUUGUCUUUGGGACAGUUUAAAUGGUCCACUUUCACCCUUCUUUUGUACAUAAUGUAAGGUUAUUUAUAUGUCAUUGUUGUCUGCUGCCUCGCUUGUUUGAUUUCUCUUGUUCCCUCAACCCUUUUUUUUUUUUUCUAUCAAGGUGUUAACUGAACUGUAUCUGGACCAUUUUGAAAUGUUAGACGUUUUGGCCAUUUUUAAUUUGGUAUAAAAGUCUUAAGCAAAUCUUUUUUUUUUUUUUAUUUUAUUUGCUCAAGUUUGUUACUAGUGUUUCUGUUAUUCAUAUAUGUAUAUAUAUAAUUAUAUAUAUGAUAAAAUUAUAUAUAAUUAUAUAAUGCCAAAUGGCCUUUAUAAGCAAGAUACUGUUCAAACCUAAUAAAGUGCUUGAAAUUUUAA